GGAAGUGCAUCAGAACACUCAAAUGAGCAAGAACAAAAGAAGAGGGAAGAACAAGAAGAAAAAUAGGAACAAUAAUCGUGGAGGUCAGAAUACAGGUAAUCACUGCGGAGAUAACUCAAAUUCUAAAACCGCUCAUCCUGGCUCUACAAAUGGCGGCAUGGCUAGCAAUGGAAAUCAAAGACAGAAGCUUAAUGGAAAUAGUAAGCAAGGAAGUCCUCAUAAAACCCCACCUGUUUCAGACAAGACAUUGGAGCUGGAUCACUUAAUCGAAAUGUUCGGAAAGGAAAUAGAGGAAGAGGUCAUCACGAUAUGUUGGGAGUCCUCCAAUAAAGAUUAUGAACAAACCAUAAUGGCUUUAUCCUGUAUGAUUUCUCAGAAAGAAAAUGAGAAGCCUCCGGCUUCUCAUUCUCCUAAAGAAGAGCCCAAAGAGGAGCAAAAAAAAUCCAAAUUUGGACUCUCUUCUGGAAGCCGCACUUUUGUUCCUGGAAAGGGAAGAACCGAGAAGGAAGAAAAGAAGGUCAAGGAUGAAGAGGAAGAAAAGAUCCAAGAGGAGAAGAAGGAAGAAGAGGAGGCAGGAGAUCCUGGAGCCAUUAGAACAAAUAAUCCCUUCAUGGAUGCUUUCAACAACUUUUCAUAUCGUGAACCUGACGAGGAGGAAAUGAAGGAGUCGAAGAAGAUAGCUGAUUCAUAUAUGGAAUAUCAGGAGAAAGAGGAGAAGGAAUGGUUCAUCGAACAGGAAAAAGAACUCCUCCAGUCAUUGAUCAAGGAUUGCCAGCUUGAUGAAUAUUUGGGAGAAGGAGUGCUUGAUGAAGAAACACUCAAAAUGAUUUAUGAAACCUCAGAUUCCUCGCCUACGGCCUCCCAGGCCAGUACUAAUCCUUCCGAGGAUUCUAAGCAGGAUUUUCCAAUUAUUGCCACAAAGAAGAAUAAGGGGAGGCGUAAUCGGAAGAAGAAGACGCCUGAGAAGUUACCUCCUGAGAUGCCAGUUAACAAUGAUAAGCCAUUUGAUGAAACCAACAUUGCUGAGGAAGCAGUUGAUUUUGCAAAUGAUGCAUCCCUCCAAUUCUUGAUCAACCAGCAAAUUUUGGCUGAGCAAGAACAGAAGAUGCUCUCAGAGUAUCAAUAUAACCAGUCUGAGUUCCCCUCUCUGGUGGCAGGUGAUGAUCUCAAGCAAAUUAAGAGGAAGAAAGCCUUUGCCAUUAAUGAGUGGACUAAGACUAAAAGCGGUCAGAGCUCUACAGGAUGUGGUGAUGACCUUGAAGAGGAACAAAUCAAAAAAAUUAAGAAAGCUUUUCCUGCCAUAAACACUGACAUAUAAUCCGAAUGGCCUAUAUGCAGCUAGGAGAUUCUCAAUUGGUGUUAGACUAUCUCAAAAUUUACUACAAAAAUAACUACAACGAUAACCACGGAGAUGUAGUAAUGAAAGAUAUUAAGCCAAUAAAGUCUAAAAUUCCGAAGCCUCCUGCCUUUGGUGGGAAGCCGAGGACUACACCUAUUGAUGGAAAGAAUCAGAAGAUGCCCUCUAUCGCUCCCGAUGAUAACUAUGAUGCUAUUAGAGAGCAAGAAAGGGAGUAUUGUGAGAAAAUGAAAUCUCAUUUCAGCCUAGCUUCAAAGGCCUAUAGAAGAGGAGACGGGGCUACAGCUAAAAGAGAGGCUCAGGAAGGAAACCGCUACAAGAACCUCUUCCUCCAAGAGAGAUAUUUGAAUGUUCAUAGAACAUUAGCUGCAAAGAAUAGCCACCUGAACAGAGCUGAGUCUAUUGAUCUACAUGGAUUACACAGAAACGAAGUGGAUUAUGUCCUUGAAAACUUCAUUAAUGACAUCCAGAGCAAGUUGGUGACUGGAGAAAUCAUCCCUAAUAUGGGAGCAAAGAGAGGGCAUAUGGUUACCAUCAUCACCGGUAAGGGAAACAACAGUAGAAAUAACAAGUCAGUGAUCAAAGUGGAGGUUAAGGAAUAUCUCCGCUCCAAGGGAAUUGGAUUCAAGGAGUCUGAUGGCUACUUUACCAUCAGCAUAGUCUAAUCUGCAUCCCAAUCAUAUUUACUCAACCAAAAUUGGCUUAUU